GAAAGCUGGAAAUAGGAGGGGGUUGUACAGUGCAAACUGCAUCUUCUCUGAAGGACUGAGGGGCUCUUGUUCCUCAUAAAGGCUGAAUUUGAAUCUACUUUUCCUCCACAAUUCCAACAUUUGAUCAGGACAGUUAAGGCAGCAGACCGUACAGAUGGAUUUCAUUGCUGGAGCCAUUGGAGGUGGCUUGAGUACUGCUGUGGGUUAUCCACUGGAUACAGUAAAGGUGAGAAUUCAGACUGAGAGGAGCUAUAAUGGAAUUUGGCACUGCAUUCAGGAAGUGUACAAAACAGAAAAGAUCCUGGGGUUUUACAAAGGCAUGUCCAUGUCGGUCCUCACAGUGUCGCUCAUUUCUUCUGUUUCUUUCGGCACUUACAGAAACUGCCUUUAUAACAUCUGCAGGUUAAGAUAUGGCACUUCAGAUGCAAAACCCUCAAAGGUGGAUAUUUCUCUGGCUGGUUGCGCUACUGGGGUGGUUCGGGUUCUGUUGAUAUCCCCUGCUGAGAUAACCAAAGUUCGAAUGCAAACUCAGAAACCACAUCACUCAGUUGCAACUUCCGAUCCCAGCUCCAAGCCCAAGUAUCGAGGAUCUAUGCAUUGUCUGAAAAUGAUAGCAAAGGAGGAAGGUUUUGGGGGUUUAUACAGAGGGUGUUCAGCACUAUUAUGCAGGGACUGCUACUCAUCUGCCUUAUAUUUCCUCACAUAUUCUGUCCUAUGUGAUUGGCUCACUCCAGCUGGGAAAAGUAAACCAGACAUAUUUGCUGUGCUUGUUUCUGGAGGCUGCGCUGGAAUGCUGGGGUGGGGCGUAGCAACUCCUAUGGAUGUCAUUAAGUCUCGGCUGCAAGCAGAUGAAUUAGGACAACACAAAUACAGAGGACUGAUGCACUGUGCCAGAGAGAGUGUGAAAGCAGAGGGACUCACCGUUCUUUUCAAAGGACUUGGGUUAAACUGCAUCCGUGCUUUUCCCGUGAACAUGGUGGUGUUUGUUACAUAUGAGGCUGUACUGAGACUUGCAGAACAUCUUACUAAAUAAAAACACAUCACAUCA